AUGGAGGUGUUUUCUGUGAAACUGCGUGGCGAGUUGAUCUUUCUUGCGGUGGUAAAUAUUUUCCUUUCAAUUACUGCAUUUCUGGGGAAUGCUCUGAUUCUGGUUGCGCUACACAGAGAAUCUUCACGUCGUCCGCCUUUUGCUUCCAUAGUCCUGUAUCGUAACCUAGCAAUAACGGAUCUCUGUGUUGGUAUUCUUGUGGAGCCAACGUAUAUUGCCUAUUUGAUGUCCUUGAUGGACAAAAGAUAUGAUAUUUGUCAUUACAUACGUGUGACAUGCUUUUUAACUACAAGUGUACUAUGUGCAGUUUCUUUUCUGACCUUGACUGCAAUUAGCGUGGACAGACUUCUCGUUGUUUCGCUGAGGUUCAGAUACAGACAAGUUGCAAGUUCUAAACGAAAAGUUAUAACUGUUAUUGUUUUCUGGAUAUUAUCCAUCGUUGGAGCUUCACAAUACUUUUGGGAUCCUCUUUUAAAAGCGUGGCUGUUUGGCAGGACAAUAACAUUUCUUUGUCUGAUUACCUCAAUUUUCUCUUACACAAAAGUAUUAUUCACCCUUCGUCACAACCAAGUUGAUGUUCAGAACAGCGCUGCUCGAGGACAAUUAAGCCAAGCAAUUCCAGGGAACAUAGCUCGGUACAAAAAGACAGUGUACAGUGUAUUGUGGGUGCAGGCAGCAUUGGUCGUUUGUUAUUUACCAGUGGGAAUAGUGGGAGCACUUACACCUCAAAGAGGGCCAGUGCCUGUAAAGAAUUACCUUGCUAGACAAUUUACCCUUACUUUAGUUUAUUUGAACUCGUCAUUAAACCCGCUGCUUUACUGCUGGAAGAUCCGAGAAGUAAAGCGAGCUGUAAAAGCCACAAUCAUACAACUGCUCUUUUUUGUCGACUUAGGUUAACACCAAAUUUUAAUUUUUAGUGGUGAUAUAUUUUUUUGUUUUUAUUGAAAUAUACCGUUAACUUCUUCUUAUAAGCCCUGGGAUUAAAACAGCCAUAGUAAGUGAUAUUAGGAGGGCUUACAAACCGGGGAGGAGGGCUUAUAUCCCAAGGGGCUUAUAACCGGGCUAAAAAAAAUAGUUUCAUUAUUAGUAGGACUGAUCAAAAUAUACGUUUUCAAUUUACUCGCUUUUUUAAGCUUCAAAGUAUCGUAAAAAAUCGAAUUAAUUUCAAUACAAGCUAGAGGAGGGCUUAUAUCCGGCAGUCUGGAAAAUUCAGAAAUUUUGUACAAGAAGAUUUUAUCCUACUCGCCUGGCGAACGUUAAAGGCGAUUUUGAAAUUUUAAUACAAUUUUAGAUCUCCACGCCCCUAUUAGACAUAUGCCUGGGAGACAAUCAUCAAUAUCGUGGCUAACAUCUGACAUAAAGAAAUAAAGUAAUGAAAGACAGAGACUAUCAUAAAAAUAUGCUGUAAAAUAUUCUUGAGCGCCCGUUUUUUCUUGUGUCCACUACUUCCACGUUUCCCCUCUACGCAGGCUAGGCUUGCAUAGCCACUGGAAACUUAAUCAAUCUGCCAGAAAAAAGGUAAAUACUGAGAUGCGCAAAGAGAAAUCACACUACUAUCGACAAAAAAUUGAUGCUUGCAAAGCCACAGACCCUGAAAUACGUUGGAAAAUAAUAAAUUCACUCACCGGCAAGGGCAAUAAAACUACUCUUACUAACGAUAUCCUAAUUAAUGACUGUCUCGGCUUUGGACCUGCACCGUUAGAGAGCAAGGCAAUACUUGUGAAAUAACAGCCAAACAUAUUAAUCUUAUGUUCAAAAAGAGCAAAGAAUUACUGAAAAUGUAACACUGAAAGAAAACCUUUGAUUAUUUUAGAGUGCGUGUAUCAUUAGUUAGACGUUAUUGUUAUUUAAAUAUAAAAGACCGGCUUUAUUGUAAACAAACCGAUAACUUCAUAUGGAGAGUAAGGCACAAUAAAGAUACCGUUACUGUUACUGUUACUGUUCAGUGGCGGAUCCAGAACUUCAGAUAAAGGGGGGAGCCCGGUUCUAAAACAUUUUUUUCGGCCCUUUGGGCCUCAGUUUCGUCUAGAAAUAGGGGGUGCGAGCACCCCGGGCCCCUCCCGUGUAUCCGCCACUGCUGUUAUAUAAUUACUGUUACUGAUUCCCCCGUCGGGGCUGUUCAAGAUAGCCGCGUUGUUUGGAAAAGACACCCCAGGGCACAGGAUCGAUAAAUAAAUGAUACAAAAACGACUAGAACAACCAGCGAAGUAUAGAGCCUGCUCGAGGGAAAGAGUAACAAGUCUUCUUUAAAUUUUCAGAUUUUUAGUGUUUUGAUUAAUUAUUCAGUCAAUUAAGAUCAGACAAUUAAUUACUAAUGUGAAAUCAAGUUAUCAAUAAAAAUUUUUUCCAUCCUAAACCAAUCGUGCUCCAGUAUUUUCUUAAGCAAUGCAUUACUGUCAUACGAAGCUCUUUGUGCGAUCACCUCUCGUAAGCGACCACUAAAUCUUCGCUUUAGGUGGUCGCUUACAGGAGGUUCGACUGUAGUUUACUGUUAGUUUUUCCGGCUUUGACUUUUUGUUUUUUGUCAAACUACUCUUUUAAACAUAUUUUUAUCUUUUGAAGAAAAUGUUGGAAGUUUCACACUAAAGGUACUAAUGACUAGAAAUAUAGUCAAAGUCGGCUUCUUUAAAGCGGGAAAAUAUAACAGUUGUAGACUUGCUGAUGGAAUGAAAAUUCUUCGAUCCUUUUUUUCUUCACUGAGUUGGUAUUUUUAUGCUCCUUCAGUGAAGCACCGAAUUAAAAGAACACUUGGAUAUCAACUAUUUUUUACUAUUAAUAAGUUACGACAACUUUCGAGAGUUCCAAUCAAACUUACCUCAAAGACAAUUCAUCUGUUGCAUAAAGCAAUUUGACGAAAGAGAAAUAAAGCCGUCAUUUACGGAGUACUGAGAUGAAGUUCGUUUAACUUUUAAAACAGUGACCCAUACACUCGAUAUGUUUUCAUUCAGCUUCAGCAAGCGAAAUUAUCUUGGCAAAAGCCCUCUUCCGACUACUUAUAAACAAUUGUUUCUCGCCCUCACACACAGUCCUGGAUUCUGGAUUCCACGCCUUGGACUCCGGAUUCCAGGUAUAGAUUCGGGCUCUUUGACAGUGGGACUUAGAUUCACGAAUCCAGUUGUUAGUGGGAUAACGGAUUCCUUAAGCUGUAUUCAGGAUUCUAAAGUCAAGGAUUCCGGAUUCCAAAAGCAUAAAUUUCGCGGAAUCCUGAAUCCCGAUUCCCUUACAUGGGAAAAUGUUUUCGUCAUUGGAGAAAGUGAUAAGGUGAGACUGUUGUGCAGCAGAUAUUGGGAUAACCAUGAUUCAGCCAAAACAGGAAACGUUACGCUAAAAACAGGAAAAAGGUAACAAAGGAAAUUACCACAGGAAUAGUUUAAUCGCUCUGUUGGUCGACAUAAAGGGUUCAAGACACUUCGGAACGAUACAAAACAGCUUAGGUCUUGUUUAGUUCACUACCUAUAGGCAGUAGUCCGCUGUAUUACAAAUUGCACAGGCGUGGCGGUAACAAACGCUACUUCUGCGGAACAAUUUUGCUUGGAGGUGUUUUCUGUGAAACUGUACGGCCAGUUGGUCUUUCUUGCGGUGGUAAAUAUUUUCCUUUCAGUUACUGCAUUUCUGGGGAAUACUCUGAUUCUGGUUGCACUACACAGAGAAUCUUCACGUCUUCCGCCUUUUGCUUCCAUAGUCCUAUAUCGUAACCUAGCAAUAACGGAUCUCUGUGUUGGUAUACUUGUGGAGCCAACGUAUAUUGCCUAUUUGAUGUCCUUGAUGGACAAAAGAUUUGAUAUUUGUCAUUACACGCGUAUGACAUACUUUUUUUACAACAAUUGUACUAUGUCCAGUUUCUUUUCUGACCUUGACUGCAAUUAGCGUGGACAGACUUCUCGUUGUUUCGCUGAGGUUCAGAUACAGACAAGUUGCAAGUUCUAGACGAAAAGUUAUAACUGUUAUUGUUUUCUGGAUAUUAUCCAUCGUUAGAGCUUCGCAAUACUUUUGGAAGCCUCCUUUAAAAACGGAGGGAUAUUAACACUUCUUUGUCUGAUCACUUCAAUUUUCUCUUACACAAAAAUAUUCUUCAUCCUUCGUCACAACCAAGUUGAUAUUCAGAACAGCGCUGCUCGAGGACAACCAAGCCAAGCAAUUCCAGGGAAUAUAGCUCGGUACAGAAAGGCAGUGUACAGUGCACUGUGGGUGCAGGCAGCAUUGGUCGUUUGUUAUCUGCCCCUGCGUAUAGUGGUAGUAGUUACAUCUCAAAGAGGGCCAGUGCCUGUAAAGAUUUACCUUGCUAGACAAUUUGCCCUUACUUUAGUCUACUUGAACUCGUCAUUAAACCCGCUGCGUUACUGCUGGAAGAUGCGAGAAGUAAAGCGAGCUGUAAAAGACACAAUCAGACAACUGCUCUGUCAACACUAAAAUUUUAAUUUUUAGUGGUGAUAUAUUUUUUUUGUUUUUAUUGAAAUAUAAUGUUAACGUCUUCCUAUAAGCCCUGGGAUUAAACAGCUAUAGUAAGUUGUAUUAGGAGGGCUUACAAACCGGGGGGAGGGCUUAUAACCCAAGGGGCUUAUAACCGGAUCAAAAUACUUUUCAAAUUUACUCGCUUUUUUAAGCUUCAAAGCUUCGUAAAAAAAACGAAUUAAUUUCAAUACAAGCCAGAGGAGGGCUUAUAUCCGCCAGGCUCGAAAAUUCAGAAAUUUUUUACAAGAAGAUUUUAUUAAUGAUCUUAAUAAAUCUUGAAUCUUUUAAUGACCCUAUCCUACUGGCCUGGCGAACGUGGAAGGCUAUUUUAAUUCUAAUACAGUUUUAGAUCUCCACGCCCCUAUUAGCGCAUAUGCCUGUGAGACAAUCAUCAAUACCGUAGCUGACAUCUGACGAAAGAAAGUAAUGAAAGGCAGAGACUAUCAUAAAAAUAUGCUGUAAAAUAUGCCUAGUGUGGCCACUGGAAACUUAAUCAAUCUGCCACAAACAAGGUAAAUACUGAGAUGCGCGAAGCGAAAUCACACUACUAUCGCCAAAAAAUUGAUGCUUGCAAAGCCACAGAUCCUAAGAUGUGUUGGAAAAUAAUAAAUUUACUCACUGGCAAGGCCAAUAAAACUACUCUUAUUAAUGAUAUCCCAGUUAAUGACUGUCUCAGCUUUACUUCAAAUCUGGGACAACUGGUUUGGAAAUCUGGACAACUGAAAAUUUUUUGGGCGAGGUAGUUUUUCUUGUUAUUCGAAAGGCCUUUAAUUCAGUUGAUCAUUCGAUUUUGCUAGAGAAAGUUGAGUUUAUGGAGCCUCUGAUAGGAAACUGAUGUGGUGUGAGUCCUAUCUAUAAACCGCCCGACAGCAACAAUGUUUCGGCGGUAGAUGGACAUUUAUCUUUUCAUAGAAACUUACUCUGUGAAGUUCCUCAGGGGUCUAUUCUUGGCCGUCUGUAAUUUCUUAUUUAUACAAAUGACUUAUCAAAUUGCUUAGAGUUUACUACCCGCUGUUUACAUACGGACGAUAGCCAAAUAUUUGCUUCUAGUAUUGACGCAGAUGUUCUUGCUAAUAUUAUCAAUUCUGAUCUAGAAAACCUUUGUGAUUGGCUCACAGUUAAUAGGCUCCAAUUUUACCCUUUAAAAAUUUAGUUAAUGCUCAUUUGAUCGCCAUAUUACUUGAAUAAUAAAUCUGAAGAUUUACCAAAUGCUAUAUCCAUUGACAAUAAUAUUGUUUCUCAUGUAACCUCCAAUAAAUGUUUGGGAGUUUUAUAAAAUAAAACCCUCUCUUUAGAGACACAUUGAGUAUAUAUUUAUAAAGGCGUACUCUAGUGUAGGAGUUCUAAGAAGAAUUAAUCCUUUUCUCGCGCUUUACAUUCUUGCUAAACUUAUGCAUUUCCCUUGUACAACCUUAGUUUGAUUACUGUUCGCCCUUAUGGGAUACUUGUGGAAAGCAACUAAAAGAUAAAUUGCAAAAAAAUCGAAACCAUGCGGGUAGGGUCGUUUUCUUAAACUCGUCAAUAAGCCCGUAGUUGCUCUAUAUACGGCUGGAGGACCUGAGAAGUAAGACAUUCUGGGAAAGUUACAAGCAGUAUCAUGAUGACGAUGACGAUGAUGAUGAUGAUGAUUAUUAUUAUUAUCAAUAUUAUUAUUUUGACGCACCAAACUAACUCUUUGACCCGAUUUGUAGAGCACAGAAUAUAUAGUGAGUAAAAGAUACAAACCAAAACAGGAAAACGUGAUACAAACAGGGAAUUUGUUGCAAAGGAAAUUGCCGCCCAUAGUUAAUCUUUUGAUCGACAAAAAAAAUGUUUCAACACCCCUUGAAUAGCGCGAUAGAAACCUUAAAGUCAUGGGGUCAUAUAUGUGCUAGGAUACUAAGCACAGGUCUUUUCUCUCCUUUUGGCAUUACACAGACAUGGUGGCGCUAACAAACUUUACAGGGGAUGAACACCAGAACGUUGGCUUGGAACAAUUUUGCUUGGAGGUGUUUUCUGUGAAACUGUACGGCCAGUUGAUCUUUCUCGCUGUGGUAAAUAUGUUCCUGUCAAUUAGUGCAAUUUUUGGGAAUACUCUGAUUCUGGUUGCGUUACACAGAGAAUCUUCACUUCGUCCGCCUUUUGCCUCCAAAUACCUGAAUCAUAACCUAGAGAUAACCGAUCUCUGGGUUGGUAUCCUUGUGGAGCCCGCGUAUAUUGCCUAUUUGAUGUCAUUGAUGGACAAAAGAUUCGAUAUUUGUCAUUACACACGUGUGACAUGCUUUUUCAUAACAUUGGUACUUUGUGCAGUGUCUUUCUUGACAUCCUCUGCAAUAACCGUGGAUAGACUUCUCGUUAUUUUGCUGAGGCUCAGGUACAGACAGUGGCCACUAGCUUAAAAGUCUUACAGUCUCUCGGUGGUUGAGAAGUCCCACUAAGGCACUCGACGGACCACUUCCCCCAGAUGAAAUCACAGAAAUGGAUUUGAGAAAGACACGUCCGUCUGUUUUUAUCAAGACCAAAAUUAGUAUCAGCCCAGUAUCUCGGACGCUUUGGUCGCUAAUCCAGCCCGAGUGACAUAAAAGAACGUGAAGUAAUAUAUUUUAUUCCAUUAACGAACUGAACACAAGACAUUGAGCAUUUUUAAAAUUUAAAGCAGCUGUUACAGCCGCCCAGUAAAGCUACUGCUAGGGAUUUCCAAAUGAUGCAGUUCGCCAAAGUGAAUAAGUUUCGCAAAGAAGUAGUAAGUCAUCUGUUUAACUGUAAAUUAUCGGAACUGAGCGUUCUCAAUAUCCCCUGUAGCAUUUCUAAAUAUGUUUUAUUUGCUCGGAACUGUUAAAGGAGCUGUGUAACGGCAGUCCAGUUCAUUUUGUUUAAUUUUGCCAAUUACUCGCCCUCAAUCGCUAUGGAACUUGAAGUAAGCAAAGAAAUUACAGGCAAAUGACAAAAUCAGAGAUCCAAGAAUCUGUUUCAGUCUUCGUCAGUUUUGCCCAUCCGUGGCAUCUGUUGUUUCUGUUAUGUUAUUUUAAUCUUCCUUUAAAGUUUUAAGCGGUUAUUUUUAUGUUUCUCUAAAUUUUAACGGCAUUUUGUAAUUUCCUAAUUUGGUUGAAUUUCGUGACACAGCUCCUUUAGUUGUCCAACUGAAACACCAUGUAACUUAAGAAUCGACGGGCUCUGGGAACGAGAAGUCUAACUGAGGCCUAUGAGGUAUUUCCGUUUCCGGUACUUGACCCAAGUAGAAGUUCCUACAAAGUGUUCGUGUCCAGGCUUCUAGCAGUUUGAGUAUAGGAUGCGUUGCCACACGUACGUCGAACGAUGGAGCGAUAUCAAGCUUUAGUUAUCGCGAGACAAAUGAUAACAGACCCCGUUGUUUUUGUUUUCACGCAUGGAACUUGUUAUGUUAAGACUACUCCGCCAGUUUUUUUUUUCUGCGAUAACAGGAGCCGGCUCCUGGCGAUAAAGAAUAUUACUAAAUCAAAGCAAGCCAAAAAAUAUGCAAACAACUAUGAGGUCAGCCUCAACAUGGAUAGCAAUUAGAAUUUUCCAUAUUUACGUUAACAUUUCAAACUUAAUUGUACUAAAGGGACGAUUGGUAGAGCUUAUGAUAGUUAAUUACAAAUGGCUGCAAACAUAAACAGGAAAACGACGCCAAAACAAGAGCUACACAAUAGAAAAUUACUUCCGAUCUAGUGUUGCGAACUGUACAAAUACAAGGGCCGGCGGCAUGCCUAUCAUUAUCGGCACUGCAGAGAAAUGGCCUUCACAAAUUUUACAGAAGAUGAAAACCAAAAGACAGGUUUAGAAGAGUACUGUUCGUUUGAAUUUUCCGGGGAAGUACGUACUCUAUUGAUCUCUCUCUCAGUGGUAAUGAUUAUCCUGUCGAUUGCUGCAUUUCUGGGGAACACCCUGAUCCUAGUUGCUCUGCACAAAGAAUCCUCACUUCUAAGUCCGCCUUUUGCUUCCAGAGUCCUUUAUCGUAACCUAGCGGUUACUGAUCUCUGUGUUGGUGUCAUCGCGGAGCCCAUGUAUAUUGCCUUUUUGAUGUUUGUAGUGAACAAAAGUUAUAAUAUCUGUCAUUACACACGAGUGACAUGUUAUUUCAUCACUAGUACACUUUGUGCAUUGACUUUCUACACGUUGACUGCGAUAAGCGUGGACAGACUUCUCGUUCUUUCGCUGGGGCUGAGAUACAGACAAGUUGCAAGUUCUAAAAGAAAAGUUGUGACCGUAAUUUGUUUAUGGAUUUUUUCCAUUGUCCGCACAUCUCUGUAUUUGUGGAAUCCUAGCAUAGCGCGACAGCUGAACAGAAUACUCUCACCUCUUUGUCUAACCACCACAAUUUUCUGUUACACAAAAAUUUUCUUCUCUCUUCGUCGUAACCAAAUUCAAGUUCAUACCAUCGCUUCUCAAGGACAAUCAGGCCAAGCAAUCUCACCGCUAAACACAGCUAGAUACAGAAAAGCAAUUUACAGUGCACUGUGGGUGCAGGUAACGAUGAUUGUUUGUUAUGUGCCAGCGAGCAUAGUAGUGGCUAUGACACCUGAAAAAGGACCAGUGCCUUUAUCACUUUACCUUGCUAGGCAAUUAACUGUUACUUUAGUUUAUUUGAACUCGUCGUUAAACCCGCUGCUUUAUAGCUGGAAGAUCAGAGAAGUAAGGCAAGCUAUGAAAGUUACUAUCAGACAACUGCUUUGUUUGGCGAGUUAGUUCUUGAUAUAAGCUUACUUUUUGGUGACAAUGCAUGUCCAGUUUCAUUGAAGUAAUAUGCAGGUUAGAAAAUUGCCAUGAUUUUAGUUUAGAUUUCAUAAGAACAUGGGCGGUUUUUGUUUUUAAGUUUAAACAGCUAAGCUUAAAUUUUGAUAUCGGGAGACUAUAGCGAACAUCAAUUGUGAAUAUCAUUGAAAUAUUUGAAUGAAGUUGGUACUGCUGGAUAUUUCAAAAUUAUAUAACGUAAGAAAAAAAGUUAAGCAACCCUGAAGAAUUACACCUUUGUUAACUGUUUUGAAGGAACAUUUUACAAAAAAUUAUUUCAUUUUACUCAAAGAAACGGUAGCUUUUCAUAGCUCAAGUCGAGCGUACCUCACAGGAUUUCAAGCUGAUGAAUUCAUCUAGCUUGCAGCGUUACUUAUACAUGUAAGCUCAGUAAUAAUAAAGUUUAUCUUUGCAGCUUUGACUCAAGUUGUCGAUCCUUUCUUUCAACUCUUCUAUCCCAGAAAUAGACCACAUGAGCAUGGCGUUCAACCCGUGGGGGUGGAGGGGCUACUCAACAACGUCUUAUACGGGGAGGCUCCAUCCCGAGGUCCCACCCCUCACCCUUUUAUAUCCCAUUUUUGACAGAAGAGGUUCCCCUUUUGUAUACCCUCUAUCGACAAAUUGAUAGUACCCCCCUUUUACAUACCUAAUUUAGAACUCUGCAUUCCUUUUAACUGCCGUAAAUUAACCGUCUUUUUAACAUGGAUAAAUCACUUAACCACGAAGUUUUCUUGUCUCUUUCACAUCCCUAAAACGCGUCUGUUAGCCCUUUUUGGUCCUUUUAAGGACCGAAGUGAUAGACUUCCCUCCCCUUUCACAUACUUCAACUAACGAAAUCCCUGCCCUUUCAUAUACCUAAAGCCUGAAAAAGCACCCCUUUCGGGCGGAGCCUCCUUGUGUAGGCCAUUAGAGGGAGUAUCCCCCCCCCACCCCCCCACCCCGGGGAUCAACUCGUGCACAUCGUUGCCUAUACUUAACCAUGAGCUGAUCAUUUCAACAUUUCUUGUCAUUUCACAUUACCUUCUACCAAACGUCUCACCGGACCAGUUUCAGUUUCAAAACGUUUCUGUCUGAUGAAUCCAUUCACGGGAAGCCGGACACCCUUGAUACUUUCGCCCCGUGGAGUCCAAGACAGUCUUGUAUUUUGGAUUCCAUGCCGCGGAUUCCGGAUUCCAGGUACUGCAGUCCGGAUUCCAAUCCGGCCUUAUAUGUAUUCCGGAAUCCAAAACCCAGGGAUUCCGGAUUCCACAGCAAAAUUCCCUGGAUUCCGGAAUCAGUCCACAAGCGAAAAUUUCCCUGAGUCCGGAAUCCUGAUUCCCCUACAUGGGGCGAAUACUUCCCCUGGGCUGCCGGCCGAGUGAUUCCACUUCUGGCGAGCCUGAUAGUAAACAGGUCGCCGUUAUCAGUAAAGAGAUUUCCCGGUUUCGUUUUCGCUUUCAAAACAAACGCACACCAUUCCAUAUUAUGUUUAGACUAUAACAGUCCUCGCUAAUCUAACUGAAGCUGGGGAUCGAUUACACAACUGCUGUUUUUGCUCAAGUAAGGUUAUCUUACACGGUACGAUUCGCAACGACGAUUUUUAGCGCAGAGGAGCGUAAUUGCAAUGUUGGAACAAUGUUGUAACUAUUCAAAACAAUGUAGCAACAAUGUUGCAACGCUCUGUUGCACUAAAACUAGUUGUUGCGAAUCGUCUCGUGUAACAUCACCUUAAAGGAAAGAAAUUUGUACUCCUAAUAAUUAACAAAACAGGGCUUCUUAUUAGGAUGACCACCAAGUUAGUUCCUCUUAAAUACGAUCCCAUCGUGUGAGUUUUAUUGUGAGGCCCUAACACUGUGUGUCAGCAGAGCACAGGAAAGUGAACUGGAAAUUUAAGCCAGAACAGGAACAGGUUACAAAAACAGGGCAAAGUGGUAAAGGAAACUACCGCCUUUUUAAUUAAUCUGUUAAUCUACAAAUAAACUGAGUGUUUUAAAACACCUUGAGGGAUCUUACCAUAGCUGAGUCAUAUAUGCUACUACACUAGGCACUCGUCCGCUUAAUUUUGUAUUUCACAGACAAAUGGCAGUAACAAACUUUACAGGCGAUAAAAACCAAGGCAUACUGGAACAAUAUUGCUCGAAAGAAGUUUUUAUGGAAGAACACGGCGAGUUGAUCUUUUUUUCAGUGGUAAAUUUGUUCCUGUCGAUAACUGCACUUUUGGGGAACACUCUGAUUCUAAUUGCGCUUCGAAGAGAAUCAUCACUUAGUCCGCAGUCCAAACUCCUGUAUCGUAACUUAGCCAUAACUGAUUUUUUUGUUGGUAUCAUUGUGGAGCCUGCGUAUGUUGUUUAUUUGGUGUCCAUGGUGAACAAAAGACACGGAAUUUGCCAUUACGCUCGUGUGACAUGUUUGAUUGCAGCCUUUGUACUAUGUUUGGUGUCUCUGUGUACCUUGACUACAAUAAGCGUGGAACGACUUCUUUGCCUGUUACUGGUGCGCAGAUACAGACACAUUGUCACUUACAAAGGAACAUGUAUAGCUGUAAUCGUUAUUUGGGUUUUGUGCGUUGUCGGCGCAUUAACACAAUUUUGGAAUCCUUUUGUAACUUUUCUGUGGGGCUAUAUAGUUUUGAUUCUUUGUGGGCUCACUACAAUGUGCUCUUAUUCAAAAAUUUUUUUCACUCUGCGUCGCAAUCAAGUUGUUGUUCAGAUGGAACACUCUCACGGACACCCGAUUCAAGCAAUUCCACGCAACGUAGCUCUUUACAAAAAGGCAGUGUACAGUGCACUGUGGCUGCAGGUAACAUUGUUAGUUUGUUAUCUACCAGUGGGUAUACUACGGCAUACCACUCAAUCAAGAGAGAUGUCUUUUCCGGUUUACAUUGCUAGGCAUUUCACAGUUACUUUAGUUUAUUUAAACUCGUCGUUAAACCCGAUAGUUUAUUGCUGGAAGAUCAGACAAGUAAGGAGAGCUGUAAAAGAUACAAUCAGACAGUUUCUCUGUUCUCCUAAUUUAUAG